AUGUCUCUUCUCCGGCGAUUCGUCAGAGAAUCAAUCAAUUCCAGAUUUCUCCUUCAAUCGAUCUCAGGACGUUCAAUCUCCACCGUAAAUCCCAAUCCAAUUGGUCAUCCUGGUCAUCGUCGUACUACCGCCGAAUUCGAUAACCUCAUAUUCGAAGCUGGAAGCUCCGGUGAUUUCGAAGCCGUACGCCGUCUACUCAACACCCGCGUCGUAAACGCUUGUUUCAACACAACCGCCACAUUCAAAUUCCUAACAAACACCGAAUCUUACUCCUCCUCCUUAGAAGAUCUCCGCCGUGUUUUGCCUCAGACCGACGCCGGCUACACUCGGAAACACGCAUACGAAACUCUCAUCGCUCCUCUCAACCUCCACGUUUCACCCGAUCUUAAACACGCUCACGAAGAAGAACAAGAUCGAGGAAGCGUGGCGCGUCGUGAAACUGAUGAGAUCUCACGGGGUUCCGAUGGACGUGACGUCAUACAAUUACUUUUUGACUUCGCAUUGUUACGACGGCGACGUGGCGGAGGCGAGCAAGGUGUUGAGGAAGAUGGAGGAAGACGAGGAGGGAAAGGUUAUUNCAGUUCUCCGCUUCAUAACAGAUCCCAUCCUACUACUAUACCGUUAAAGCCUUCACCUUUUGUGCCCAACAUCUCUCUGAUUAGUUCAAGGAGGUCACUUUUAAGCAGAAGAAGACUAGUUUUAUCUUGUGUUGAGAAAAACGACAGUUCUAUCACAACAACAUCUGUUGAUUCCUCUCCCUCUUCGGAUUCUUCUAGUAAACCAGCAAGUGAAUCAGUUGAAUCAGGAAGCAAUGGCUCAGCUAAAAAAGCACCAUUGACGGCAAGAGAGAGAUUAAAAGCAGCUCGGGUUCUUAGCCGAUACACUGAAGCAACACCUAAACCUUCAAAACCUAAGAUGGGAAGCCAGCUUCUUGAUGUGCUCAAGGAAAGUGAUAAGAAAACAAAGAGGAAACCGGGUUUACCCGAAGCACCAACCAACAUGCUUGAUGAUAGCAGGAGAGGGAUGCCAAAGAACGGCCUUACGUUUGAUUUACCCGGAGGCUCAGAUAUUCUCAUCAUUGCUUUCUCCUUUGUGUUCAUAAGCACUGUGAUGUUUGCUACUACUUUUCUUGUUUGGAAACUCGGUGCUAUACACUNCUUUUAG